CGCCAUGCUGGAGGAGGGACGAUCGCGCUUCAGCAAAUCGAGCUGAAUUUGGACCGAAUGUUGUGAAUCCUCGACGCGGGACGCCCUUGAUCACGACUUUAAUGGACUAAAACGUCAUUCGUGCAAUCUUCGUGCCCGGUUGGAGUCGUCUCGUGCACGUUGAAGCUUCUCGGCCUAUCUUAGCUUAGCUUAGUUUAGCUUAGCCUAGCCUAGCCUAGCUUGCUAACAAAGAGACGCGUUUGUGAUCAACACUUCGCUCAGCAGAGAUCAAGCAUGAGGGAAAGUGUUCUUCUUUCCGUCACCUACGAGUAAGGAGUGGGGACCACAAUAUCUAAUACUGACGCGAAAAAAGGACCAAAAAUCGAAACGGGAGACAAAUUCCUUGUGUAUUUUUGACAUACUUGGCAAAUAAAGAUGAUUCUGAUUAUUCUGUCAGCUUUGUUUGUCUGAGAUAAUAUAUUGUAACGAUUAUUUUCUGAAUCGUUAUUAUUUGUUAUUAUCUUAAGCCGGAUUCUGAAUACCUUUGUAGAAUAAUGUUUCAACACGCAUUUCUCUCCUGAAGUCUUCUUUCUCUCUGUGUUCUCUUCCAAUGCAUCAUUCCAUCUUCGACUGUUUCCUCCUGUUGACAGUAAUCACAUGUACCACAUUGGCGCUUUGCCAUUUGAACUAACGCACUGCUUAACCCACAAUGUCCAAGUCUGGAUCUUGAUUGCAUUGUUUCACAUUUGUGAUUUUUCACUUGCUUUUCUCAUCCAUCCAACGUAGAGCGGAAAGUGUUGCGAUCCAUCCAUCCGUUUUCUGAGCCGCUUCUCCUCAGAAGGGUCGCCGUGUGAAAAUGUGUGCAAGAAGGACGCCGGAGUACGAGGAGGAACUUUGUGGCCCAAAAGAGGAGAAGGAGCCACGUCUUCAACUUCUGCAGCCUCCAACUGUGCUACGCAGAGCAGACAUCACUGAACAUCUUCGUACUGAGCGGCAGGAGCCAGAGCCCCCUCACAUUAAAGAGGAAGAGGAGCCCAUUUCGAUUAAAAAAGAGGAGGAAGAAGCGUGCCCCCACAUCAAAGAGGAAGAGGAGGAGGAUAUCACCAAGGUUCCAUCGACUGGUGUCCCUUUGAAGAGUGAAGAUGAAGGUCAAAGUGAGGAGAGCAGAGGGGCGGAGCCUGUAAGCAGCAGCGCAAGUCAACACAUGACAAUAGCAGGUGAUGGAGGAUCACAUACAGACGGCCUCUUAGCUCCACUGUCGGAUAGUGACGAUAUGACGUCGUACUCUGCUCACACUGAUGAAGAUGAUGAUGAUGAUAAACAGUCUGAAGGUGAUAUGACAUGUCACACUGACAACAAACGAUGGAAAUGUUCUCAGUGUGGGAAAACUUUUGCUGAUAAGAGCAGUUUGAAACAACACGUAAGAACACACACUGGAGAAAAACCUUUUUCCUGCUCAGUUUGUGGUCAAAGAUUCACUCAGAAGGGACACUUAAAAAUGCACACAAGAACACACACUGGUGAGAAACCCUUUGUCUGCUUAGUUUGUGGUAAAAGAUUCACUCAGAAAGGAGAUUUAAAAAUACAUACAAGAACCCACACUGGUGAGAAACCUUUUUCCUGCUCAGUUUGUGGUCAAAGAUUCACUCAGAAGGGACACUUAAAAAAACACAUAAGAACCCACACUGGCGAGAAACCUUUUUCCUGCACAGUUUGUGGUCAAAGAUUCACUCAGAAGGGAGAUUUAAAAAUACACACAAGAACACACACUGGUGAGAAACCGUUCUCCUGCUCAGUUUGUGGUCAAAGAUUCUCUGUGAGGAAAAGUUUAAAAUUACACACAAGAACCCACACUGGUGAGAAACCUUUUUCCUGCUCAGUUUGUGGUCAAAGAUUCUCUGUGAAGAAAAGUUUAAAAUUACACACAAGAACACACACUGGUGAGAAACCGUUUUCCUGCUCAGUUUGUGGUCAGAUAUUCACUCUUAAGGAUCGGGUUGAGACACACAAGUGUGCUGGUAAGAAUAGAAGUGAUCAAGAAUCUUUUAAUGCAAAUGUUGAAAAAAAGUAAUUACUGUGUUACUGUAGUGAAUAUGCCCUGCCGAAUUAAAUGGCACCCAGCAACCCCCAACCCCGGACUGGUCUGCAUUCUUCCAAGCCGCCCUGCUGUGACAGACAGCCACAAGGAUCCCUAAUUUAUCUCACACAGACGCUAAAUUUACUACCAGCCAGUCUGAAGAAACUCAUCAUCAAAGGGGAAGCACAGGGCAUUGGGUUCUUCCUCUGAUGCUAAAUUAAUUAACUUUCACCCACAGCCAGUCUGAAAACUCUCCAGUUUGACCCCUUUCUGGUCUGGGACAAUUGAUGGAGUCCAGUGACACACGCAGGCGGUGGAGUGUUACUGCACUCGAUGAUUGAGAGAUAUUGAAACGUUCUCACCGAAUGCUUCUAAUAUCUUAAGAAUGCUCCCAGUGUCUACCACCACACCAAUGUCCCUCGUGAUUGUAUUUCUUUGAAUUUUAUUGUCUGAUGUCAAAUCUGCUUGUCCACUGAACCGGAUGAGACAUUUCACCCCACCCGACACAAAUGCCACAUUGCAAAUACUAAAUCCUCUCAGCGCCCACAUGAAAUUGAAACACUCAUUCCAUGAAUUCAACAGGGUGUGCAUGACAAUGCAAAACUGGAAACCGGUUUCCUUAUCUUAGAUCCAAUAAUUAAUCUUUUAUUCCCGUGGGAGUAAAACCAUGCAAUUGGCCGGCGACCAGUUCAGGGUGUACCCCGCCUCUCGCCCGAAGAUAGCUGGGAUAGGCUCCGGCACGACCGCGACUCUUGUGAGGAUAAGCGGUUUGGAAAAUGGAGGGAUGGUAUUAAAACCACAAAUAAUCCUAGUUAUUUAAAAAAAAAAAAAAAAAAAAAAAAAAAAGUAGCAUGAAAAGGUGCGGUCGAUCUCCCUUUUGGUCCCUGGGGGUGGGUUGGGGGUGCACUUCCUCUCUCUCUCUUGUGCAUAAAAGGCCGGAGCGGCUUUGUCCUUUCCUCGCUCUCGCUCGUUCGUUCACCUUGCAGAAGAACCUGGAAGCCCCACCUCUCACCACGAGGUGGCGAGGACACUACAACCCUACAUCCGUAAGUGCAACUUGAAACUCUACAAUGCAAAGAAAAAGCCAUGUAUCAACAACACCCGGAAACGCCGCCGGCUUCUCUGGGCUCGAGCUCAUCUAAGAUGGACUGACGCAAAGUGGAAAAGUGUUCUGUGGUCCGACGAGUCCACAUUUCAAAUUGUUUUUGGAAAUUGUGGACGUCGUGUCCUCUGGGCCAAAGAGGAACAGAACCAUCCGGACUGUUAUGGACGCAAAGUUCAAAAGCCAGCAUCUGUGAUGGUAUGGGGCCGUGUUAGUACCAAUGGCAUGGGUAAUUUACACAUCUGUGAAGGCACCAUUCGUGCUGAAAGGUACAAACAGGUUUUGGAGAAACAUAUGCUGCCAUCCAAGCAAGGUUUUUUUCAUGACGCCCCUGCUUAUUUCAGCAAGACAAUGCCAAACCACAUUCUGCACGUCGUAAAAGAGUGCGGGUACUAGACCGGCCCGCCUGCAGUCCAUACCUGUCUCCCACUGAAAAUGUGUGGCGCAUUAUGAAGGGUAAAAUACGACAAGGCUGUCACACCCUGAUGCAUAAGGAGCAGGAACCGAUUACAUUUCCUCAUUGAACUUCUAUGUUUUCCAUGGUGUAAUUCUGGAUGAAUCUUCGGGACAUUGAGUGAAAAUAGUGACAGUGAAAUACGUUGGAAGGAAUCGACCGUGGAAAUGUUUCCUUGAGGAAAGAAGACUGCCACGUCAAACCGGAAAUGGCGCCACCGUUGGUUGCCGGAAAUCGGAAGUAACGUUAGCGGAGGAGACCGUGGGUUGUUGCCGGAAGUUCGGAAGUCGUGAAAUGUUGUGACCGGAAAUCAGAAAGGAUGUCACCGUGUUUCAACAUGUCCAGACAUGUUCCAAACAUGUUGAGACUAGACUUGUCUUGACCCCCACCAUAAACGUCGCAAACCUCUUCCACCAGUAGAGGGCCUCUCUUAUUCCCCCCUACCCCAAUAAUAAUAUAAUUGAAAGUAAGACAGAAUAUAUGUGCAUGAAUGAGAGGGGUGGUGGGGGAAGAGUGAGGCGAAGAGAUAGCAAGGGUGGAGGACUUGAAAUACUCGGGGUCAACCGUCCAGAGCAAUGGGGAGUGGGGUCAGGAAGUGAAGAAACGGGUCCAAGCAGGUUGGAACGGGCGGAGGAAGGUGUCAGGUGUGUUAUGUGACAGAAGAGUCUCUGCGAGGAUGAAGGGCAAAGUUUAUAAAACAGUAGUGAGGCCGGCCACGAUGUACGGAUUAGAGACGGCGGCACUGAAGAGAUGACAGGAAGCAGAGCUGGAGGUGGCGGAAAUGAAGAGGUUGAGGUUCGCUCUCGGAGUGACCGGGUUGGAUACAAUUAGAAAUGAGCUCAUCGGAGGGACGGCCGAGGUUCGAUGUUUUGGAGACAAAGUUAGAGAGAGAGCAGACUUCGAUGGUUUGGACACGUCCAGUGGAGAAAUGGUGAGUAUAUUGGUAGAAGGAUGAUGAGGAUGGAGCUGCCAGGCAAGAGAGCGAGAGGAAGACCGAAGAGAAGGUUGAUGGAUGUCGUGAGGGAAGACCUGAGGGCAGUUGGUGUUCGAGAGAAAGAUGCAGGAGAUGGAGGCUUGCAUGGAAAAGGAUGACGCGCUGUGGCGACAAGCCCAGAGGAAAAGGAGAAGAAGAGGCUGGGAGGGGACGCGGGAAGGUGCAAGAAAAUGCUUUUCAUUGUGAAAAGAAGGGACAUUGGAGAGACACUGGAUCAGAGACUGUCUGAAGGGGGAACAAAAAAAACUGAUGGUGGUGAUCGAUGGUGGGGGACCCCGUUCGUCUGACCUCUGGCCCCCAUCUCCAAAACCAGUCCAAAUUGACAGAAUUAGCAUUAUAUUGUUCUUUUUCGUUGUCGUUGUCAUGACAACAAAAGACCAGGGAUCAGGCAAAUUGACAAUUGAAGUACCUGAAAUGUAGAAUUAUGACUUGUAAUUGUCUGAGGCUCUAUUCCCCGGGCAGAUGUUUGGUCUGGGACCGAAGGUGAUACAGGAAUCACCCAGAAUGGAAGUCGAUUUGAACAUUUUCAAGGUUUCGAGAAACUAUUCACUUGUGGCUAUUUGGUCUGGGAAAAAGAAUUCAAAAUGCCUCUUUUUAAUUGAUGAUUGAAAGUUUGAAAUAAACAAAGGGUUUUUUUUUUUCUUGGUUCUAGAUCAAUCUAAAUUCUGGUUAGUCAUGGUUAAUUCCACUGAUAUAAAUAAAUGAUCACAAAUGUGAAAAGCAAAAUGUUAACUGAGAAUAUCGGUAUUGCGAAAAUCCGCAAUUCACAACGCUGAGUUCAGAAGCACCAUUUGUUUGCACUCGCAGAGUUCACAGUUUUGUUUGAAACAAUGUUUGUUUUAAAUACUGUCAAAUGAUCAAAGCAAAUGUAUUUCUAUAGCACCUCUUCUAAAUGAAAAAUGUAACACCGAGUGAUUUACAGCAAAUAAAA